ACGAUUCCCGCCCAAUAUGAUCUGGGAAACCGACCACCCCAGCUGGGCCGGCGAAGCCCUUUCUUUGCCCUCGCGGCAACCUUCUUCACCACCCACUCUCCCUGCCCAUCCCCCUCUGCAUCUCACCACGCUUUGCUUGCUUCGACGCGCUUUAUCAGCUCGACGAUACCUCGACUUCCUGUGAAGCACGGCUCACCCAGCUUGCUGCUCACCCUAGCCACCGACACGCCAACGCGCUGACCGGCAGAGCCACUGUCCAUCAUCCUCACCGCUGCAAGCCAAACCCCCAUCACCAACUCUGCUCCCCUGCGCUUCAGCCAUCUCCGUCCAUCACCACCGCGUUCCUCUGCACGCGAACAUGACCACGAAAUCACCAAGGACACUCGUCGUCGCACUCAAGCUGUCACCAGACUCUCUGAAAGAGUUUCCACACCAGCCCGCAACACCGCCCAAGGAAGAGGCUAAGCCCUCUCCACCAACACCCGCGCCGCAGAUUAACGAACCCUCACCUGCUGCCACGCCCGCCGACUCAACCCCCAACAUGAACGGAAGCACACCGUCGUCGCUGGCCCCUCCCUCUUCGAAGAGGAAGGGCCCCAAGCCCGGCAGCAAGCGGAGUGCUGCGCAGAUGGAAGCUGGCGCAAAUGGCGCAACUCCCAAACAACCCAAGGCCAAGCCAGGGCCAAAGAGGAAGAAGAUGGGCGACAUGAUCAACGACCCCAACUCCAAGGGGCCCUUUCCAGCACCCGCAGCCAUCAACAAGGCAGGCCCCAAGGCAAACCUGGGAGCCAUCAACGAGCGUCUGCGUGCCCUCGACAGGUCAGGGGCCAAGUGCCGUCGCUGGGAGAAGAAGGGUUUCCAGGUCCGCAGCUUCACCGGCGUCAUGUGGCAAGUGCCUACAUACCAGCCGGGCCGCAAGGGCGCCUUCGCCGACGACGUCAAGAGCGACAGCACCGGCACCAGUGAGUCCAAACUGAAGGACGAGAGCAGCGCAAUCAGCGACAAGAGCGGAUUGAACGGCGACAGCACACCCGUACCAACGCCGAUGAAUGGCAUAGCAAGCUCUCCUGCUCCUAUUCCCGCUUGAGCGAUGAGCAUUCUUGGUCUCAUUUUCAUUCACGUAAUCCGCCAUAGCCUGCACUUUCCGCGGCUAGACAUUACUUCAUUUCUUGCUACCUGUUUUCUAUAUCGCCUUGCUUCCUUUUGUCUUGUUUGGCGUUGAGGGAGCGCAUUGCAUAACUACGUAAAAGGCGCCAACUGGGGCGUCACUGGCUUGCCACAGGCAGCAUGGUGUACGGCGCACAAGCAUGUUGUGAAAUGGACAUCACAAAUACUGGAUACGGAUAUGGGGUCCGGAUAGAGACGGAAAGGGGGGUUUUGCAUAGCAUUAUGGAGAGAAUUGAAUAUCCAUGUCAAACUACAAGUACUUGUC